CGGCGAUUCUGUAUCUCAUUUCCGCAUCGUGAGGCGAGUGCCGAACUGUGUCAAUUUACCAGAACUUUCCACCUCGAUUUGAUUUACCUCUACUUCGGACCGUCAUUAUAGUGACCUAGGGCCCUGGCACGAUGGGGUUGCGCAGAACUAUAAAGGUGGAAGCGCCUACUACUACUACUUCUGCCCGCCCCAUCUGCUUUCCACCAUGGGUUUCAAAGACGCACUAGCAGAUGCUUCGCGUUAUCGCAAUGCAUACACCCUCGCCCUGUCUGCAUCUAUGGGCUCUAUCUUCUACGGUUGGGACACUGGACUCAUGGGUGGCAUUUUAACCCUCAAGUCUUUCCAGCAUUACUUUGGUAUCGAUAAAUUGUCCGCAUCUGAUCAAGCCAAUUUCAAUGGAAAUAUCGUGUCAGUUAUGCAGGCCGGAUGCAUUUUCGGUGUCCUGUUGACUAGUUGGGCUUGUAGUCGCUUUGGGCGGAAACGGUCUCUGAUUGCUUCGGGCGUCAUAUAUAUCGUCGGAAGCAUGAUUCAAUCCGUCGCUGGCCUCGGAAGCAGCCAGGCUGUCGCUCUUCGAGUGCUAUACUUUGGCCGCGUCUUUGCUGGCAUCGGGGUGGGCAUGGUAUCCGCUCUAGCUCCCUCAUACAUAUCAGAGUGCAUGCCCAGACACAUUAGGGGGAGGUGUACCGGCCUUGUCCAGUUCUCUAACAACAUCGGUAUGAUGUUGAGCUUCUGGGUGAACUACAGCGCUUCUAUCAACAUCCCAUAUAGCGACAUGCAAUGGCGUAUGCCUUUCUUAGUCCAGCUUGUCCCGGGUGUCCUCUUCGUUUUCCUUAUGAUUCCACAGCCAGAGUCACCCCGUUGGUUGGUUGAGCAGGAGCGCUACGAUGAGGCCGCAAGGACGCUUGCAUAUGUUAUUCGAACGUCAGUCGAUGACAACGUCGUUCUUCUUACACUCGACGAGAUCAAAGCGGACUACAUCGGCAAGCAGCGAACAUCUUUGGUUACCCAGUUCCGCAUGAUGGGAGAGUCACGUCAAAUUGCGCUUCGCUGCUCGAUCCCUUCCAUCCUCACCUUCUUCCAGCAAUGGACUGGUACAAACGCUAUCAACUACUUCAGCCCGCAGAUCUUUGCCGCGCUUGGUAUCACCGGUACAGCAUCUGGCCUAUUUGCAACAGGAAUAUACGGUCUCGUGAAAGUCGUCGCAGUCGGUUUUACCCUGGCAUUCGCUCUGUGCCUCUUCGUGGGCGCCGUGGGGCAAGGUUUGUCCAUGCUCUGGAUUGGCGGCUUCGGCGCCAUCCACCCGCAGAGUACUAUUGUACCUGCGAGUUACGUGUCAAUCAUCGCCGUCUACCUCUACGCAGUAUUUUUCUGCAUCGGCUGGGGACCUCUGCCGUGGGUCGUGGCCAGCGAAGUUGCCCCCAAUCAUGUCCGCCCAGCCACACUUACCAUCGCGAUCAGCAUCAACUGGUUGUUCUCGUUCACGAUAUCACGCCUGACGCCGGUGAUGCUGGAGAAGAUCACGUAUGGGACAUUCCUGCUCUUUGGCGUGUGCUGCAUGAUCAUGGCAGCUUGGACGUAUUUCUUCCUGCCUGAAACGAAGGGUUAUGCGUUGGAGGACAUCAAGUAUUUGUUUGAGACGGAUGUGAUAGUGAGGUCAUUGGAGGACGCGCCUGGUGGACGCGUGUUCCUUGGAGGCAAGCGAGCAACGCCUGUGGAGGACAUCAGGGGAGGGGCAGAUAUCGAAGAUUCGAGUGACAGUUCCCAAAAGGGAGAUGAAGAGUGUAUUGAAGAAUCCGAUUUCUAGAAUUGAUUGUUACAGGCUUGACUUUCUUAAAGUGCUCCUGUGUACGCUUCCGACUCC